UACGUGCUGAAAUGAACACGAAAAAAUGUGCUAGUCAAUGCUAAAAUGUAGAUAAUAUAUGUAAAUGCUAAAAAAUGGUACAAGCGGCGGAAACAAAACAAACCGAAUGGAUAUUCACCUGAUUGUUGUUUGGGCAUUUGGGGCGCAUUGGUGCUUAGACUGAGAAAAGGCGUAUAACAACAUAACCGAUGCUAUUAAAAUAUUGUGAGACAGCCAUUUUGUUUCCUCGUUACGUUUGUUCAUCGUGCAUUUUUUCAUGCGCGCUGCUCGUUGCUUUUGUACACACACACACAUACACAAUCGAAAACUCACCACCACCACCGAGAGCAGAAGCGUUUGCCAUUGCCACCACCAACGGACGUUGAGCGACACAGACGCUUUUCGACAUGUCUCCCAUGCACAGUGUCCGCUCUCUCGCUCUCCGUAGCUAAUGCAGCGCUAAUAUGUCGGUUGCACUUGCACGCACGCCCAUCGGCAUUAAAUGUGAGCAGUGCCGCUAUAGAGCAUUUGGUGUACGCGUGCGCUCGCCUUUCGCUGUGUAUGUGUGUGUGUGUAUUCGCGGUUUGAGUAAUUUCGAAAAAUUUUUGUAUAUUUGAUGGCGACAACGACGGCUGCUUUACUCACAAGAAACGCGCGUAUGUCGAAAAUUGUAGCGCGUACGUAUAUCGGUGUGUAGAAAUUGCUUUUAAAUUGUGUUACACACUUAACAAUUGUGUAGAAAUUUAGAAUUUGCGUGUUGUAUUUGUUAAAAAUCUAUAUAUUUAUAUACAUACAACAAAAAUAAUAAUAAUAAUCAAGUCAAAGCGACAGCAACAAAUCAAAGCAAAUCGAUAAGCUACACAAUAACAGCAAUAAGGAAACCGCAACAAAAACAACAAUAAAACACAAUUUCGGAUAUCCCCAUACAACAACUAUAAAUACAAUUCCUUCGAAUUGUUUGGAUAUUAACUGCACACCAAAACAAAAUAAAAAAUUUUAAAAAAAUACAAAAUAAAACAAGAAAAUUAUCGCUGUUUGGCAGAGCGACGACCCGACCAAUAAAACUACCUACAAACUGAAAGAUAAACUAUACAAAUAAAUAAAUAAACAAUAAGAUUGCAGCUGCAAACAUAGAAAUUUGGCCAGCAAUAUGCCAACUGAACUGAAUGCGAAACAGCAACAUUAAACUGACAUCUGGAGGAGCCGCGCCAAGACACCGGCAAGUGGUGUUGACAACAAUUUGCUGAGCAUGCAACGGAAACAAAAGCCAACAGCAGCCGUCGAAGAAGCAGCAGCAGCAGCAGCAAUAGCAGCAGCAGCAAUAGCCGUCAAAAGAUUGAAGCAGAUCCGCAGCAAUUGUAGCAGGAACAGGAACAGGAACAGCAGUAGCAGUAGAAGUAGCAGUAGCAGUAACAGUAACAGAAGCAAUAGGGGGAGUAGAGGUUGCACACGCAACAGCAGAAGGAGCUGCAGUCGAUCAGUGCAUCGUUGGCUGCUUUGAGCAGCGGGGCGUACAAAACAGGACGCGAGAGCAGGACGAGACGGCCCCGGGCGUGUGUGCGUUGUGGUGUGUGUGCGUCGGCCGUCUCAGUCAACUUGAGGAGAGCAACAAUAACAAUAGCAGCACAAUAAGCUGAUUGAUUUAAUACAUUAAACAAGCAUCAGCAGCAGCAGCAGCAGCAGAAGAAACAUAAGAAUAACAAUGUCAUCCAACGAACCACCGCCACGUUAUGAGCCCGCUGUGGAGCCCAUCAAUGGUAUUGUACAGCCACCGGUUGUGCCGCCACAGGAGCGACCGGGACGCAAUACAAAUCAAUUGCAAUAUUUGAUUAAAACCGUGAUGAAGGUCAUAUGGAAGCAUCAUUUCUCUUGGCCAUUUCAACAGCCCGUCGAUGCCAAGAAACUGAACCUGCCCGACUAUCAUAAGAUUAUCAAACAGCCAAUGGAUAUGGGUACGAUUAAGAAGCGUUUGGAGAACAAUUACUAUUGGUCGGCCAAGGAGGCCAUACACGAUUUUAAUACAAUGUUCACCAACUGUUAUGUAUAUAACAAGCCCGGCGAGGAUGUUGUUGUAAUGGCCCAAACGCUUGAGAAGGUAUUUCUACAGAAAAUCGAAUCGAUGCCCAAGGAGGAGCUCGAACUGGAGCCCGUUACGGCAAAGGGUGGCAAAAAGAAACAGCGUGCACCGACCACACCCAAAGCGACCAACAGCAGCGUCAGUGGACUCUCCGCCGGCGGCGCUGGUGCUGGUGUUGGCAGCAGCAGCAAUGCGACAACAGCCUCAGCGACAAGUACACCAACAGCUGGCGGUAAGGCGGCACAAUCCUCACAGCUGCCGACCAUGGGACUGUCACAAUCAGCGUCAGCGGUAUCAACGCCAACAUCAGCGCAAGCGCAAGCACAAGCACAAGCAGCAGCAGCAGCGGCGGCAGCAGCAGCAGCAGCGGCAGCAGCAGCAGCGGCAGCAAACGCCCGACCAGUUUCCGCCAUGGGCGGUACGGUUUCAUCAACGGCCGGAGGCGUUACACCGUCCAUACCACCGAUUAGCACAAUGCCGCCGCAUACGGUGCCGGGCAGCACGAAUACAACGACCACUGCAAUGGCAGCGGCAGCAGCAGCAGCGGCGGCGGCGGCGGGUGGUCCCGGCGCAACAAAUGCGGCUGCACUAAAUGCGGCAAUGGCCAGCCUUUUGAAUCCUGCGCAAAGCGGCGCCGCCAGCUAUGGCGUUGGCGGCCAACAGACAUCGCUCAACAACAGCUCCCUGCUCGACGGCAAUGCGGCGGCAGCGGCGGUUGCCCAAGCCCAAGCGGCAGCUGCGGCCGCUGUGGCAGCAGCCGCUUUAGACAACGCCGGCGGCGUAACAAUACCAACGGCUGCCGUUAAUGCCGCCAAUGCGGUACAGGCCUAUGUGAACAGUACGGCGGGCGUCGGUGUCGGUGUUGUCGACGCUGUCAUACCGCCACAGCAGCCGGCCAAAAUGAAGAAGGGCGUCAAACGGAAGGCGGACACGACAACGCCCACGGCGAACGCAUUCGAAUCGCCCUACGCCCAAAUGGACUCCAAAGCGGCCAAAAUAGCGACGCGGCGGGAAUCGAAUCGUCAGGUAAUUGGCAAAAAGGAUCUUACAUUCCAGGGCUCGGGCUAUCCAAUGUCACCAUUGGGUGUCGCUGGUGUGCCUGGUCUGGUUGCCGGCGGCGCCGUUGGGGGCGUACCGGGUGCCAAGUCCAAGGAGAAACUAUCGGAUGCACUGAAGUCAUGCAAUGAGAUACUCAAGGAGCUGUUCUCAAAGAAGCACUCCGGCUAUGCCUGGCCCUUCUACAAACCGGUCGACGCUGAACUCUUGGGCCUGCACGACUAUCACGAUAUCAUCAAGAAGCCAAUGGAUUUGGGCACCGUUAAGCGUAAAAUGGACAAUCGCGAAUAUAAGAGCGCGCCGGAAUUUGCGGCCGAUGUUCGAUUAAUAUUCACCAACUGCUACAAAUACAAUCCGCCAGAUCAUGAUGUUGUCGCCAUGGGCCGAAAGCUUCAAGAUGUCUUCGAGAUGCGCUACGCGAAUAUACCCGACGAGCCGGUUGCGAAUGCGGCCCAUCAUCAUCAUGGUUAUUCGAGUACAUCAAAGCACGAUGCGAGCGAUUCAUCUAGCGAGGAUUCCAGCGAUACCGAGAACGAGUCCAAUUCGGAUGAGGAGCGCAGCGCCAAGCUAAAAAUGCUCGAAUCGAAGCUGUUGGGACUGCAGGAGGAGAUACGCAAGCUCGUCGAGGAGGCGUCCGCCAAAAAGAAGGCCAAGAAAAAACUCAAAGAGAAAAAGAAGUCACUCGGACCGAGCAGCGGCAGCGGCGCCGGCGGCGGCAGCGGUGGCGGCGGCGGCGGUGGUGGUGGCGGUGGCGGCGGUGGCGGUGCCCAUCAUCAGCACGCACCCAGCGCCAGCAAUGCCACACACGGCGGCGUCCAAAUGGCCGCCAAUGUGGCCGCACUCAAUGCUGGCGGCGCAGCCAGCGCCAAUUUGUCGGCGCUGUUGAGCGGCUCGCUGGUGGGCGCCGGUGCUGCCGGCGUCGCUGGCGGCGUGCCCGGCGCGGCAACGCUACAGCAUGUCCACGACAUGGCCCUGGCGAUGAGGCAGCUGACGGACGGCAAUGCCGCCGCUGGAGCGGGCUAUGCAGCCGCCGUGAAUGCAGCGGGCGUUCCAACUGGCGGUGGCAAGGCGGCAGCCGGUGCAUUGGCUGGCGCUUUGGCAGCCGGUGCGGCUGCCGGUGCCGGCGGUGCUGGCGGCGGCGGCGCCGGCAGCGGCAGCGGUGGCAGUAAAGGUGCUAAGGUCAAGGGACAGCGCGGCGCCAAGGGCGGCGCGGGCGUUGCUGCCGGUAGUGCAGCGGGCGGUGCGGCUGCUGGUGCAGCCGGUAUUGGACCAGGUGCUGCGUCCGGUGGCGCUGGAGGCGGUGGUGGUGGUGGUGGCGGCGGCGGCAUCGGCGGCGGCGGUGCUGGCAGCGGUGCCAGCAAUGCGAAACGCACCAAGGGCAGCAGCAAUGUCGGCGCUGGAGCUGGAGCUGCUGGCGCCAAUGCCGGCGGUGGUGCCGCUGCUCGCGGCAGCAGCAAAAAGAAGCCCAGCCAGGUGAUGAACUUCGAUUCCGAGGAGGAGGACACCGCCAAGCCCAUGUCUUACGAUGAAAAGCGACAGCUCUCCCUUGACAUUAACAAAUUGCCAGGCGAUAAACUGGGACGUGUGGUUCAUAUUAUACAAAAUCGGGAGCCAUCGCUGCGCGACUCGAAUCCGGAUGAGAUUGAGAUCGAUUUCGAGACACUGAAGCCGUCGACGCUGCGCGAGCUAGAAAGCUAUGUGGCGUCGUGUUUGCGCAAAAAAACACGUAAGCCAUAUUAUAAAAAGCCUUCCGGUAAAUCAAAGGACGAGCAAAUGGCCGAAAAGAAACAGGAACUGGAGAAACGGUUACAGGAUGUAACUGGCCAAUUGGGCGCUAGCAAGAAAACAGCCAAGAAAGAUGAGACCACGUCGAGCAAAGUGGAGGCUGUCCAGCCAGCGAAUCCUGUGUCGUCUAGUUCAAGUUCCAGCGAUUCAUCGUCCUCGAGUUCGAGUGAUAGCAGUUCGAGUGACUCGAGCGACAGUGAAGCAGGCGAUGCCGACGAUCGGCCACCACGCAAGAAAAAAUCACGUGAUUCAAAUGGAAGCAAUCAGGUAAAUAAUAAUCCCAGCCUGGCUGGCAGCUUGCUCGGCAAUCUGCCAUCGGGGCCGACGGUGCAGCAAAUGCAAUCGGAAUUGCAGCGCCAGCUGGAUCAGGUGGAUCAUAUGCUGUCCUCUGUGGGCGCCGCCAAUGCGUCAGCUGCACAAAUGACUAACCUCAUGUUGAACAACAACAACAAGACAGCGCCGGGUGGCGGCGGCGGCGGCGUUUAUGCUGGCGGUGGCGCCGCCAAUAUGUUGCAUGCGUCUGGCCAUCAUAAGAACGGACUUGCAACGGGCGCAGCCGGCGUUUACGAACUGUUGCGCAGCGCUCCCGGCAAUGGCGGAGCAGCGGCAGCAGCGGGCGCUGCACAGCCGGACGGCAUCGGCGGCAUACGCAUUGCCAGCAAUUUGCAUAAGCAGCCCGAGCUGGCCGAUCAUCAUGCGGCGCUGACCGCUGCGCUUGCCUCCACUGGCGCUGCCGGCAACAACAACAACAACAACAGCAGCAACAACAACAACAACAACAACACGGGCACACUGGGCAUGGGCGUGGGCGUGGGCAUGGGCGCGGGCAUGGGCGUGGGCGUGGGCCAUAAUGAUGCUUUGUCGAGCGCCUCGCUGGCCGCUGGCCUCAAGCAAAUACCGCAAUUCGAUGAUCCCGUGGAGCAGUCGCUGGCCUCGCUUGAGUUUAGCGCCAGCUCCACGGGCAAAUCGUCGCUGACGGACAACUUUUUAAUGGCCCACCAGGCGCAUAUGAUGCAGCAGCAACAGUUUGGAAUGCAGCAACAGCAGCAGCAACAGCAACAACAGCAGCAGCAGCAACAGCAGCAGCAGCAGCAACAGCGGCAUCCCGUAGACUGCAUGGCGGAGCUGUUAAAGGGCGUGGAGAAUGUGGCUGGCAUGAAUGGCAACCAUAUGCUGAACAACAGCAUUUUCAAUCUGGACAUGGCAACAGCUCUCUAUCAGCCGAAGACGCAGCAACUGCUACACGGGCAACACGGCCAUCAAACGCAACAGCAACAGCAACAACAGCAGCAGGCACACAAGAAUGGCUACAAUGUUGCCGACUUUAGCGGCAUGCCGGGCUUUGAUAAUCUCAAUAUGGCUUCAUCUGGCCUGCUGGACCAUGUGAUGCCCAUGGGGGCCAUGAUGGGCAGUGCGGGCAGCGGCAAGCUCAAAGAUGGUGAUCAGCAGCAGCAACAGCAGCAACAACAGUUGCAGCAACAGCAACAACAGCUGCAACAGCAAUUGCAACAACAGCAGCUGCAGCAACAGCAACAGCAACAUCAUCAUCAACAGCAGCAGCAGCAGCAACAUCAUCUUCAACAGCAGCAGCAGCAGCUCGCCCAGCAGCAGCAGGGCAAUCAGGCGGCCAACAAAAUGUUAAUCAUACCGAAGCCCAUUGAGUCGAUGAUGCCAAGUCCGCCCGACAAGCAACAGCUGCAACAGCAACUGCAGCAGCAGCAGCAGCAGCAGCAUCAUCAUCAUCAAAAGGUGCUGCCGCCGCAGCAAUCGCCCUCCGAUCUAAAGCUGCACGGCGGCAAUGCUCACGCUGGCUAUCAGGUGUUCAAGAGCGCUGUCGAGCAGAAUCUGAAGAAUGCCAGCUCGUGGUCGUCGCUGGCAUCGGCCAGUUCGCCGCAGAAUACGGCGACAACAUCGAGCAAGGCCAAGCCGGCCAUGGACUCGUUUCAGCAAUUCCGCAACAAAGCCAAAGAACGCGAUCGCCUCAAGCUGCUCGAGGCAGCCGAGAAGGAGAAGAAGCACCAGAAGGAGGCUGCCGAAAAGGAGCAGCAGCGCAAGCAUCAUAAAUCCUCCUCAUCCUCAUCCUCAUCAGCGGCCUCAUCCGCUGCUGCUGCUGCUGCGGCUGCUGCCUCGGCGGUGGCCGCAACGCAAGCGGCUGCUGCGGCGGCGGCAGCUGUUGCUGCCGCUGCUGCCGCCAACGCAGUAACUGUUAAUCCAAUCAGUGCCGGCAGCAACAGUAACAGCAGCAGCAACAACAACAACAACAACAACAGCAGCAACAACAACAACAGCAACAACAACCAUAAUAGUAGCAGCGGCAACAACAACAACAACAACAACAACAACGGCAGCAGCAGCAACAGCAGCAACAUCAAUGCUGGCGGUCAGUCUGCGUCGCAGAGCAGCGGCGAUCGCGACCGUGGCAGCAGCGCCACAGAUGCCACACGCAUCGGCAGCGGCAGCGUCAUCGGCAUCGGCAGCGGCAGCGGCAGCGGCGGCAACAACAGCAGCAACUCGGCCAAUAGCAAUGGACCUGGCAGCGCUGGCAGCGGCAGCUGCGGCGCUGUUGGUGGCAGCAGCGGCGGCGGCGCCAAUAGCGGCGGCAGCGGCAGCGCCAGUGGCGGCCCGCUGGUCAAUGCCGGCAGUAAUAGCAACAGCGGCGGCGGCGGCGGCGGCGUCGGCAGCGGCAGCGGCGCUGCCAGCAGCAACAGCAACAGCAGCCUAGGCGGCAACAUUGCUACCAGCGGCUCGAACAGCGGCGGCGGCAGCGGCAGCACUGGCGGCGGCGGCAGCGGCAGCAGUGUGGGCAUUGGUGGUACCGGUAUAAUUGGUGGCCCUGCGCCCGGCAAUGGCCACCAGGCGGCCAGCAAUGCCCAGUCGCAGCAUGCGUCGGCAGCAGCAGCAGCUGCAGCGGCACAAGCAACUGCAGCGGCCAACGCUGUGGUGCUGGCUUCCUCGCCACUGGGCGCCAUGGAAAGCGGACGGAAAAGCGUGCACGAUGCACAGCCGCAGAUAUCACGUAUGGAUGACAUUAAAGCAUCGCCGGGUCAGGGACAGAAUUCGCCGGCACAGCAAUCGCCGCAGGAUCGUGCGGCUGCAAAACGUGCGGAACAGCGGCGAGCCGAACAGGAGAGACGCAGACGCGAGGCGAUGGCCGGCCAAAUUGAUAUGAACAUGCAGAGCGAUCUCAUGGCUGCCUUUGAGGAGACGCUGUAGGUAACGGCCACGACGGCUGCGUCGUCCACAACCAACACCAAAACCAAAACCAACUCCUCCAAAUCGAGCAGCGUUGCCACCAGGUCGCACGCGCACAAGCGGCGUUCGCAUCACAGAAGGCAUCGUGAAUAAGUUUGGCAGCAGCAGCAGCAGCAGCGCAGCAGCAGCAGCAGCGCAGCAAAAAUACAUGAACAUCGGUAGCAGCAUAAAUACAACAACAUCAAGGAAUAAAUACAUGAACAACGGUAGCAGCAUAACUACACCAACAGUUGCAGCAGCAGCACCAACAACAGCAACAGCAACAACAACAACAGCAACAUGAGAAAUACAUGAGCAAAACUAACGGUAGCAGCAUAUAAAGAUAAAACAGCAAUAUUUUAAAACAAAAAAAAAAAAAACAAAAAAAUACCAAGAA